AUGAGAGCUUUAGGCUCUGCCCCUGACGACGCUGCUACGGCUCGCUUUGCCCGUCAGCGCGCUGACCGGUCGGCUUGGACGUCGCGUGACGUUGCGGCCUGCAUCGCACUCAGCAGCCUCCUCCCUGAGUCAGAGGAGGUCCACUUUACUCAGGUUCGCACCGCUGCUGCGUACCUCACUACGAUUAAGGCCCGCUACUCUACUCCCGCUACUGUCUCUCUUGGCCGUCUUUUCCUCCCGUUCCUGUUUCCUGAUCUCGCCUCGUUUGAGCGCUCUGCUGACUUGAUCGCUCACCUCCGCUCGCUCGACGCUAGUUACCGCGCUGCUUGCACUGAGGCACAGCUUGCACUGCUUCCUCCCCCCAUGGCGAUUACUGUCUAUUUCAUCGCCACUAAUCUCCCUGACCGCCUAGCCUCCGUUCGUGACGCGCUUCUGCUGAAGCACCCUAGUGAGCUGACUAUCGAGGUCCUUGAGUCUGCACUCAAGGACUUCGAGAGCAACCUUCGCUUGGUAGCUGCCGCCUCUGGUACUGUGUCCCCCCCACUCUUCCACGGGUGCACAGUCCCGCAGUUACCCACCUUCACUGCCUCUCUCGCCACUGCCGCUACUGACGCGACUGCGGCUGCUGUUACGACUGCGUCGCGGUCCCGCGGCAAGGGGGGCAAGAAAGGUAGUUCUGGUGGAGGUGGAGGUGGAGGUAGCGGAGGUAAUGGGGGUGCUGUUGCGACUGGCGGUGGUGGGAGUGCAGCGUCUGGAGAGACCCCUCGUGCAGCGGCUGGUGACUCCACUGCGCCUGCUGGUGGCGGCGACCCCCGAGCUCGUCAGUCGCUUCCUGUACUGCCGACCCCGCUAGUCACUGCACGUCACACUACCACUUUACCGUGUCCUGCUGCUCCCUCCGGGUCUCUCACUGGGUUUCACGUCCCCUCGUUCUCCCGGAACUUGGUGGGCGUGCGACCCCUCGUGAGUCAGCACGUGGGUGUGUGGUUUGAGCCUUCUGGUGAGACUGCAGUGUGUGUUGACGGAGACUCUUACCAGCCUCUUGCUACCUUUACUGCUGAGCCGGGCUCAGGUCUCUACACUCUUCACACUGGCCCGCGUGCGCCGCAGCAGCAGCCGCACCAGCAGCAGCAGCCGCAGCCGCAGCAGCAGCAGCAGCAGCAGCUGCACCAGCGGUCGCACCAGCAGCCGCCCCUACUGCCACUGCCCCCGGUUCCCCCCCCCGUUCGGGUCCCCGCGUCUCACCAGGUUGCUUCGUCCCCCCAGGUGUCUGUGUCGUGUCUGGUUCCUACGUCUGCUCCAGUCGCUGCGUCGUGCUCCUGCCGGUCGCUUGCCCACCCCACCGUUCUGUGGCACCACCGGAUGGGGCACCCGUCCCUUCCUCGUCUGCGCGCUAUGUCUAGUCAGCGUCUUGUCCUAGGCCUCCCACGUGUCUUGCCGUCGCUGCCGCCUUCGCUUGCGCCGCCGUGUGGUCCCUGCGUCGAGGGUCGGCUGCGCGCCGCCCCUCACUCCUCCUCCCUUCGUCCGGCCACCGAGCCUUUUGAGACGCUUCACUUGGACGUCUGGGGCCCCGCCCCUCGUCUAGGCCCUGAGCGUGAGCGCUACUUUCUGGUGGUCGUUGACGACUUCUCCCGCUACACCACAGUGUUCCCUCUGGCAUAG